AUGCUCCUGGGCCACCUACCCAACUUACCUGCAGGACCAACAGUUUUGCCAGCCGUACUGCGAGAUGUGCAGCUAUGCCCCGGCAGCCUCCAGGGCGGUGCUGCGGCAUGUGUGCCGGCUGCGCAACUGCGCCUCUUCCCUGAGCUUGACCCUCACGGUGGCCGCAAGCCAGUCGUUUUCACGGUGAUGGCACAUGGCUUUGAACCACUCAGAGCACAGGGCAACACUGCGUGGUCGCUUUUGGACUUUUGCCGCGAAGCAGCCAAUCAUGCAGAGGACCGUCUUCAGCGAGUUCACCUCCUGACCACCAGUGUCCCCGGGCUUCCUGCACCACAGUUCCUCCUUACGGAAGGAGAUGCUGCGAUCGAAGACACCGUCCUGCCCAUCGAUCUCCGCGGCAUUGGCAGAGGACUUCUUCCAGUGAGGCUCAGACCUGGCAUGACCACUGACGAAAUCCUGGAAGAAGUAGCCAGGCUAGAACCUGGCUCCGCAGCCACGAUCACCGACCCCCUUACACGGGACAGGUUCUACUUCCAGGACGCCCAUGGUCACAUCUAUGAGCAGCUUCCAUCCUGCCUAACUGCUGUUCAGUGGUUGGUCCUUAGAAUGCAGACGCUGUCCAUCAUGGAAGGCAUUGAUCCUGUCUUUACUUCGACCUCUACUACAACCAUGGCACCACAAGCGGGGGACCAGACCCUCAGCUUUGUGUUGGUGGGGGAAGCGGCUACCCUGCGUCUUCCUGCUGAGCCACUGCCGAGCGCCGAUCCUCAGGUCGCCCUGCAAGAGCUGCUCACCGCCUUUGCACGCCUCAGAAGACUUGAUGCGCACUUCCAUAUCCAGCUUGCACCAGUGUUGCCCAGAACAUCUCACUGGUCGCAUUUUGUUGUGCCUAUAUUGGUUGUUCCUCCCUGCAAUGAUGUCGUAGUCUUCUACGACCCAGGAAUCGAUGGCACGCAGCUCCACGCAAUGCACGUGGAUCCAGGUACCUGGGCCGAUGACCUGCUGACUGCACAGCAGAGAAACCGGGGCAUCCAGCUCUUUGUGAAUGGGGUGCACUCCGGAGCGUGCCGGAGGCCACUCAUUACGGGUGAUAUGGCACAACAACUGCCAGCAGGCAGAUACCAAGGCACUGCCCGCCAUAUGGGCACUCUGCUCUUCAUGGUAAACAGGCUCAGGUGCCUCUCUAUACCGCUUCAGAUCCCACCCAUCCGCAGCUACCAGGUUGGUGAUGGUUUCGAGGUUCGCCUGACCCAAGGGGGAGCCUCGCUCCAGGCCUUUUUCCAAGAUACCAUGGAACACCGUGUCGAGCGAAUGGGCCGGCCAGCUCGGGAGAGCAAGCUCAUUAUGCUACUACAGCCUGGCCAUGCACCGCACUUGCUCUGGGUGCCCACACGCCUUACCCCGAGCCUCAGGGAGGCCGAGAUCCUACUUUCCAGGACGGGCUUCUUUGGCCCACACCAGCUCCUGGUGGAAACCGAGUCUGAGGUGGAAACCAGAGGAGAAGUCUUCCUGGUGGUGCCCUCAGGAGCUACGUUCACCACAUGCACAAUCCGGGACCCUUUUGAUGUCAUGCACUUUCUCCUUGUCCACCCCCCCAGCGAAGGAGUUCUGGCGCAUACGUUGCCCCACCGGGCUGGGGCUAUUUAUGUGCCGCCGCUUCCCUCACCCCUUCGCAAUGGGAUGCACAUCUCUGACAGCCGGCUUCACGCGGCACGCCGCCCAUCUACAGGAGCACAGUGCCCUACCGGCCAGGCUGCAGCAGCCCUCCCAGAUGCAGGCCCGUCAGGUAGUGCACAGACAUCACCGGCCAAUGAAGUGGCGCCACCGCCAGUGACGGAAGGUCACAAUGAACAAACGGCCAUGUCUGCCACGGCAACCAGCGAUGCAGAUAACGGCCGGACCAGGCUAAGGGACGGCACAUCACUUGUGCACAUUCCAGAUCCACAGCAUGCCUUAAGGCUACGUUGCAAGCAAGCCCAGCAGCGAGCAGUGCCCCUUGAAGGUUGUGCAGGUUUAGGAUUUACUGCUGUGCCCACGCCUCUAGGCCGACGGGCCGUGUCCCGCCAGGUUGAGGCUGACAAGGCCGAAACCGAAAUGAGGCCCAUGCAGGCUCCCUCCGUCCACUGGGCGCCGCCGGACCCGGCCAGGCAUGGGACAACACAUCCUCUGCCCGCACCGACAAAGGCCGCAGCCACGACGAUCUGUCUCCAGCACGCCAUCCCACCGCCAGCUGCUGCCAUCUCCUGGGAAGUCAACCAGGACAUUGUGACAGAAGCCUUGCAAGGUCACUGUCUGACUGGCCUGCAAACCGAACUGCCAGGGCCUGUCGCGCAAACGGCUUGGGGCAGAAUCUGGGGCCGGCUGCCCACACUCAUCCUCCACCAGCCUGUGCAGGCCAUGUAUCUGUUUACAGAUGGCUCCUACUACCCAGGGAAGCAGCAGGCGUCUUGGGCAGUCAUAGUGCUGGUUCAGCAAAACAACCAGGUGUACAAAGCAGGUGUCAUGGCUGGCCCCUGUGCUCUCCAGCCUGCGGAUACACGACACACCCCGUCUGCAUAUGACGGCGAGCUUGAGGCUCUUCUACAUGCUUUGGCCAUUGGGGUUUCCGUUCCCGUGGGUGAGUGCCACUUCGGAUCUGACUGCCAAUCAGCUCUGACUGCAGCCUUCGGCUUUAGCGGCUACCAACACGGAGCACAACUCCCGGCCGCUGCCGUUGGCCUGACAGCCACCUUGGUUGCCCAGGGCAAGCAGCUCUACCCACAUAAGGUCGAGGCACACCAGGGAUGUGCUUUUAAUUCCCUGGCAGAUGAGAUUGCUAAGCAUGCUGGCAAAACCGGCCAAUCCCUACCGGCUACCACGGAUUGGGGCGUCCUGCAGGAUGCGAUCAAUGAAAAGGUGCUGGAGAGGGCCUGGCUCUCAGUUCCCGGCUCUAUCUUUGCGAGCAUGCUUCCUCCACUUCGCGAAGACGGCACACGGUCCACACCGAAUACCAUGGUACGCAGCUCCGCUCCCAAUGUGUUACCCCAAUACCUGCAGCAGGUCAAGGCGGACGUAAAGGCAAUUCCUCUGCAGUUGCGUCUUCUUACAUAUAACGCACUCUCUGUCCGAGGGGCCACUGCCAAGGCCCUGAUCUGCUCAGGUCUGCUCCGGCACCGGAUUGACCUGGCAGGUCUGCAAGAGACAAGGGGCCGAACACAGGGCAUAUCCAGCUUCGAGGAUUACUGGGUUCUGGCUUCGCCUUGCGAUAAGGGUGGACACUUUGGGGUGCAAAUCUGGCUACGUAAGGCAGCCGGCUGGGACCGCACCAGCUUUGCGGUCACACAUUCCGACCCGCGGGUGCUUGUUGCCGUCUGCUCGCUACGGGGUGUCAGGCUAGUCCUGAUUUGCGCACACGCGCCCACCUCAGCCACCAGCGAGGAAGAACUCACUAGAUGGUGGGCCCACCUUAAAAGCCUGCUCGCAAAGGUACCCAAGGUUUGCGCGCCACUUUUGUUCAUAGAUGCGAAUGCCCGGUUUGAGGCACCGCCUACUCACGGCCGGACUCUUGAUUCAGUGCCGAGCAAUUUCAACGCCAAGUGCCUACGGCAGUUUGCGAAUGACAUCGGCCUGCACAUCAGCGCACAACAAGAUGAACAAGGACGACCGCUCCACUCCUGGCGCAGCCCCAAAGGCACCACCAGCCUGAUCGAUUAUGUUGGCUGCCCAGUCGCAUGGACAGACGGCCAUCGGACCCUCGGCAAUGUUGACCUCGCAGACCUUCAUGCUGAUUGGGAUCACUUGCCGAUUCACACCUGCCUUACAGCCACUGUGGAGGCCGCGAUCACAUCAGCCAGAGACAAAAUCGCCCCGAAAGACCUCCAGUCCAAUGAAGGGCGAAUCCGGGCAAUCCAUGCAGUUGCGUCAGCCCCUUUUGUGCCUUGGACAGAUACAUGCACCUCUCACGUAGAUGCAUUGCAGCGCUCGAUGGUCCAAGCCCUGAGCUGCUCCAAGUCUGAAUCCAGACCUGGACCACGUAAUCCGGUGAUCUCCCAAGCCACACCUGGGUUGGUCAGGCUCCGCAGGCACAUGAGGCGUUGCCUUCGCGCCGUUGACCGGAGGGCUGACAUGGGCUUUCUCCAUCUUUGCAUGCAGGCAUGGCGGCAAUGUGCCCAGCCACAGGAGGAGUUCUACCGGCGGGCAAAAUCCGCACGUCUCGCCAUGGCGCGCAGUUACCACGGGCUCGCUGUUCUCAACAAACAGCUGCGGCAAUCUAUGAUGGACGACCGGGCACAGUUCACCAGAGUGCAGAUGGAACAGGCCCGACAAGCUGGCCCAGCCGAGUUUGCGCACCGCCUCCGGGCGAUCCUCCGUACUGGCCGCAAAUUCCGGCCUCCACCACUGCUCCCUGCCCUUACCCGAGAACCCUCGGCGCCCUGUCUGAUUGAGGAUGUCAAGGACACCUUCGCAAGGCAUUUCGCCGCAGCUGAGAAGGCAGUGGAGACCAAUGCGCAAAGCCUCAUCAUUGAGGACACCGCCUGCCCUACCGGUGCUAGAUGGGACGGCACGGCACUUCCUUCCAUUGCGGCCCUGACCAAUGGGUUCGCAUCUCUGAAAAGGGCCAAAGCGGCAGGACUGUCCGGACUGCCGUCAGAAGCCUACCUCGGUUCCCCUUUGGCGGCAGCGCUCCGAUACUGGCCAGCCAUCAUCAAGGAGCUCAUGCGUGACAGAACCGCCAUACAUUGGCGAGGGGGUGAAGCUGUCCCCAUCCCCAAGCCAGCCAAGGCUACGGACGCCUGCACCGGAUAUCGUCCGAUCGCCCUCCUCGAGACCGACAGCAAGGCGGUGCAGAAGGCCUUGAGACCAGCAGUGGUCAAGGCCCUCCAGACAGUGCAGAUGCCCGACCAAUACGGCGGCAGGCCGGGCUGCACACUCGGGCUACCCAUCGCCUGUGUCAAAGCCCACUUCGACGCCCUCAAGCGCGAUGGCAAGUCUGGAGCAGCCAUUUUCUUCGACUGCACCACGGCCUAUUAUGCUGUCAUCAAGGACAUGCUGACGCUGACGGAUGACCAGCGAGAUGACACGCAGCUUCUGCAGCAUAGAGCGCGCCUGCUCUUCACAGAGGGUGAUCAACAAGAGGCAUUCAUCAAGCAUAUGCAACAGGGUGAAUUGGCUACCGCUCUUGGAGCUACUCCCGAGCUCCGGGCGCUCAUCCGCCAGCACCUCACGGACACUUGGUUCGUUUGCCGCCGGGGCACAGGCCAGGUCUACAGGGCGGAGUGCGGCACCAUUCCAGGUGCCCCACUUGCAGAUGCUCUUUUUAGCCUUGUCUUUGCCGGGAUCCUUCGUGAAGUCAAGGCACAACUGCAGGAGAAAGGCUGGGAACCACAGUUCUGCAGACGUCAGGGUGGUGAGGGGAGUACCCCCACCUGGGCCGAUGACACCUGUGCCUUGGUGUCCACGACCGAGGCGGCAGAUGUGAUACCUGCCAUACGGGCCACCACCACCACCAUGGUUCGGUGUCUGUCAAGGGCGGGUCUCUCGGCCAACUUCGGACCCGGCAAGACUGAAGCCAUGGUUGCAUACCAUGGGAGAGGCUCUCGGGCCUCCAGACUGGAGAUUUUAUGCCGCGAAGAUCCAGUCAUCACCCUCCCGCACGGCUCCAUGCUCGAGCACAUUCGUGUUGUCCCCGAGUACCUCUACCUGGGAAUACUUCUUCGAGCUGAUGGACAGGAGCUGCCUGGGCUCAAGCACCGCCGGACACAGAUGCAGGCGAUUUUCCAACCCUUGCGGGCUAAGCUCUUGUGGAACAACAGCCUCACCAAGAGCGAGAAACUGGACCUCCUGCGAGGUAGGGUCCUGAGCCGCUUCUUGUAUGGCGCAGGCCAUUGGAUCCUCCGAACCGAACAAGAACAGCAGGCGUUCCGUGAAGCCAUCUCGGGAGUCUACAGAGGCUCUUUUAGGGCCAUCUUGGGGGUGUCAUCCUGUCGCUUCUCGUGCGCGGAGACGGCGGCGGCCCUAGAAUUGCCAUUACCAGACGAGUGGCUGGUAACUGAGCGUGCCAAGCUGCUCGUUAGGCUAUGCACCCACAGGCUUAACGGGGUCCUGGGGGAACUGCAGCAUGAGGCCAGCUGGUGGAGCUCUGCGUGCAGGCACUUGGCCAGGCUACAGUUGCUCGACAACAGUGCGGCGGGCCCCGAUGAAGUGCAGGGGCAGCUUGCCGGCAAGGAUGCUCAAGUGCGCAAUGCCUGUCGACUGUUUCUGCGGAAGGCCUGCAGGGGCCGCCGGCUUCCGCCUGAAUACAUCAAGGAGCGCGCGAAGGCAGGUCCGAUCCAGGUUUUGGCUCUAAAAUGUGACCGGCUGCCCUUCGCCUGCGAGGUUUGCGCAAGCGCUUUCAGGUCGAAGAGGCUCCUCAGCAUCCAUAGGGCCAACUCCCACGGGCUUUUAGCCGAACACCGGCUGGUGUCGUUCGGUACCGCCUGUCAAGUAUGCGGGAUGGAGUUCUGGUCCGAGUCUAGGUUGUCGGGUCACUUAAAGCAUGCUCAUGCCUGCCGUGCAGUUUACCGUGAGUCCGACAUCUCUAGCGAAGCCACUCCCGCUCCACUUAACCAGGGCGAACAUGCCUGGAUACCGGCGCAAGUCUUCCACGGCCCCCGUCCGUGGUGGGCCACGUUGCGGCCGAAGGGCUAA